AUGUUAUCUUUAUCAUUAUCUCUAUCUCUACCUAAUAUACCAUGGACAAUACAAUCAAAGAUUAUUUAUAUUGUAUGUAAUUAUCGAAAGAAUCAAGAUGGUAAAGAGAUAAAGUCAAGAGAUGUAUAUCAUAUAGCUGGUGUAUCGAAAAAGUGGAGAGACACAACCAAAGUUGAAUUAACUUUAAAUUGGAAGAUAAGAAUUGAUAGUAUCUAUCUAGAAGAGUACCGUCAACACUCUUCAAACUGUUUGAAUCUGUUGUCUGGUCCUAAUCACAACAUUACCGCCUGUGUCAACAAAAUACCAUCGCAAGAGACCAAGGAAUUUAUAAUGGCACACUACGACUGGUUUAAAGAACAUAUCAUCAACAAAAUGGCUUGUUUCGAUCAAAUCACCAAUCAUCUAGAAUUUUUUGAUGUCUUUGAGGGACACUACACACCACCCCUCAAGAAGUUGGUCAACUUUGGCAAAGAUCUACCUCCACUUGGUUGUUUACAAAAGGUCAAAGCAGAUUUAUCAGAGAAUACCUGUCAAGAGGUAUGCAGUGCAUUAUCAAGAUUCCACAAUCUAAAGUCUCUCGAUAUUAUUAUCAAACGCAACCUAGAUUUCGAUGACAUUUGCAAGAUGUUUUCAAGUAUACCUCGUAGUCUCACCAAACUUAUUUGGAGACAGUUUACAUCGAUGGUCACCUUUUACUCAAUUCGCCCCGAAAUCACCAGCCCAUAUCCAUUCCACCUAUUGCCAAAGAACAUCAGAAAACUCUAUUUUUCAUCAUCCAAUAGGAAACAGAGCCAAACAUCAACAAAAGAAUAUUUGGACUAUUUGCUUGUCAACUCUGUUCGAUCAAUCUCUCUCGAAAGUUCCCUGACACUACAAUCCAUUGACUUUUUAACAUCACCUUCUUGUCCAGUUAAAGACCUAAACUUGAUUCUCUUAGAGGCUACAUCGUUUUCAAUCAAAGAAAAGGCAUUGAUCCCACCAUAUCUAGAGGUUCUAAGAUUGGAUAUCAGAUUUUCAAAUGCCAUUUAUCAACUUGAAAACAUGUUCUUGUAUAGUGGUGACUUACCAAACCUCCAUACCAUCAAAACCAAUCUAUUCCAAAAUGACCACCUUUUAACAUUUAUAGAAACCAGCAAGUCACUCAGAGUGGUCGAUAUAAAAAUCGUUUCCCUUGAUCAGAUCGAAAGACUGUUCCAAGUGGUAGCCAAGAGUACUUCAAUUGAAAAGGUAUACUUUAGGGAAUCACAAAACAAAAACUUUGAGAGAGUCUCAAAGAUCUAUUCUAUGUUUAUGGUAACUGGCAUCAUCCAAAUUCUAAUGUCCUUUAAAAAAAAUAAUAAUAAUACUGCAUUGUGUGCAUCCCAUAUAGGUGAUUCUGCUUUAAUACUAUUUAAUUUAAAUAAUAAUAAUAAUCUUCAAAUCGAUUUGUCGUCCUAUGAAAUGAUCGACCAAUUUUAA